CACUUGGGAUUUAAACGAAGAAAAAAUAAUAAUAAAUUUACGUUGUGAUCGGAACAAAAACGAAAUAAUUAAAUUUUAUAAUAUAAUCGUAAAAGUACAAUUUAACGAGAUCGGGUUAAAAAAAGUUGUAUAAAAGACACGUCUAGUGCGUGUUUAUAAGUGUUUUUGUAUAAUUACGUGUGUGUUAAUUAAAAGUCGUUGUACUGGCGGGGUACGUGAAUAUGGCUGGUUACUUGAAGGCGCCACCGGGAGUCGCUGCACAUCACGGCUUCCCUGGGCACCAUCAUGUAACAGCCGGUAUGGCAUCAUUAGCAGCGGCUGGUCCAUUCGGUUUGCCACAUCCCCAUCCAUUAGAUCAAGUUGGUUUUGGGCCAGGUAUGUUUGACCAAUGUGUAAAUCCACGAAAACAACGAAGGGAACGUACAACAUUCACACGAGCACAACUAGAUGUAUUGGAAUCAUUAUUUACGAAAACCCGGUAUCCAGAUAUAUUUAUGCGAGAAGAAGUUGCAUUAAAAAUUAAUUUACCAGAAUCACGCGUACAAGUAUGGUUUAAAAAUCGUCGUGCAAAAUGUCGUCAACAAUUACAACAGCAACAACAACAACAAAAUGUGAAAUCAUCAAAUAAAUCCUCAUCAAAUUUAUCAACAUCAACAAAAAUCAAACCAAGUAAAACAUCACCAUUAAUUAGCACCUCUGUAACACCCAUUACAUCAACAUCACCAACGAUAAUCAUUAAAAAAGAAUCGUCAUCUUCGACCACACAUCAUAGUCAUCUUUUAUCACAAAACUCUUAUCGUAAUAAUUUAACAAAUAAUACCAAUAACAAUCUAAAUGGUCCUAAUGCUGGGGGUGCAAAUAAUACGGGUGCAAGCAGCGGUGGUGGAGGUAAUUUAACACCGCUAGGUAGUAACACAAGCAGUUUAAUGACAACACCUUCACCGCCAGGUACACCAAGUGCAAAUAAUAAUUCAUUAACAUAUCAUAAUACCGUCGGUACGGGUUCAAUUGGUGGUGCUACUGAUGCAUCCUCAUAUAAUGCUGCAUUUUCAUCAUGGUCCUCACAAAAUUCUGCUAUGGCAGCAGCACAAUCCCCCUAUUACAGUCAUCAAACGUAUAAUCCAGCUUAUUAUAGUCAAAUGGAUUAUUUUAAUGCGGCCCAACAAAAUGGUGCCGCACAAAUGUCCGCACAACACCAUCACAAUCAUCACCAUCAUCAAAUGUCUGCAUUUAAUCAUCAAAUGGCUGCUGCAUACUCACCAAUGGCUAGUAUGGCUGCUACACAUCACCAUCAUCAGAGUUUUAGUCCAUCGUCACGGCAUCAUAGUAAUAGCAGUAGUAGUCAUCCAAAUGAUUGUAGUUUAGAUUAUAUGACGACACAGGAUAAAUAUCAAAUGGUUUAGUGAUUUCUGAUUGGCUCAAAUUAUUAUUUUAAAAUGUAUAAAUGAUAAAUUUAAUAAAUAAUUCAAUUGAAAAAUGAAUUAACAAUAAUAAUUGAAUAUGUGUUAAAAGUAAAUAAGCGUUGAGACAUUGUUUUGCUACCAAGAAUAAAAAAAAAUUCAAAUUUUCA